AUGCGCCCUUUACUCCCAGACUGCAACACGAUGCACAUCCACGACGUACUCAUCAUCGGUGGAGGCCCGGCUGGCCUAGCAGUAGCAGCACGGCUCCGUGAACAGACACCCUCGGCAACCUUCACAGAUGAUGAACAUCAACGUUACCACUGGAUUCGUAAACAUGGUCGGAAAAUGAACAUCAAAAACUACCGAACGAACAAGGACUCACUGCCAACGCCACCGUCAACUCCCGGUAACUCGGACUGUGGCUGCGACCAUGAGACAGCACCCGAAGAAGCAAUAGAUAUGCUAGUACUCGAUGCCGAUGGAGCAGACUGGAUGUCAAAGUGGAAGCGCCUCUUCAAGACUUUUCAUAUUGACUACCUUCGAAGUCCGAUGUUCUUCCAUGUCGACCCUGCUGAUCGAGAUGCGCUGCUCGGGUAUACGUACGAGAAAGAGAGAGACAAAGACAUCCAAGCACUACCUGGAGUUGCUGGGAAGGAAGUGAGCAAGCACAAAAAGAAGAAGAACCUGAAGUCGCAAGGAAGAUUUUUGAGCCGCACGCCGGACGUCGAUGAAAGGGACCGAAAGGACUACUUUGUACCCCGUACCGAUUUGUUCGACGCUCACUGUGAAGAGGUCAUCAAGAGAUAUCGCCUUGGCAAGGAUUUAUUGAGGAAAGAGAGCGUCAUGAACAUCGAAUACGACAAUAUCUCGAAGUUCGACGAAGCGGACCUUGACAGUGUCGUCUCAGAUGAUGUGAUGGCGGACGAGAGAAAAGUCUUCCGUGUCUCAACAGACCAGGGCGUGCGUUUCGCCUCCCUCGUCGUUUUGGCUGUAGGUCCUGGGAAUGCGCCCUCGAUACCUCCUGUUCCCGGCCUACCAGCUCAACGUCCGCACGAAGGUUUCGCGCACGCGAUGCAGAUUAAGCAGUUCCCGCCACCUCACGUAAUGGCCAAAGUUAAGGCUCGCCAGUCGACUAGCAUGCUCAUAGUCGGUGGGGGCUUGACAAGCAUUCAGCUGGCAGAUCUAGCAAUCAAGCGAGGCGUGAACAAAGUAUGGAUGCUCAUGCGCGGUCCGCUCAAGGUCAAGCACUUUGACGUGGACCUUGAGUGGGUGGGCAAGUUUCGGAAUUUUAAGCAAGCCGAAUUCUGGACGGCAGAUACUGAUGAAGGUAUGUCAACGCUCCCACUUGGUAAUCGCAUUUACCAAUCGAUGAUAGAACGCUUCGAGAUGAUAGUGCAAGCCCGUAACGGAGGAAGUAUGACGCCGCGGUACAGGAAAAUUCUCGAUACGCAUGUCGCACACGGAAAGAUCGAGCUUCAAACCUAUACUCAACUCCAGUCCGUAUCGUGGGACCAAAGCUCGAAAACAUGGGCCUGUGAAGCCGCGUCCACAGAUUCGGAGCCCAAAUUGCCGUCUAUCGACUACAUGGUCUUUGCCACUGGCAUUCAGUCAGACAUCCGCACCAUCCCCUACCUUCAGAACAUCCAACAAGAGUAUCCUAUCAAGUACGUUGGCGGUCUGCCAUGCUUGAAUGAAGACUUGAUGUGGGACGAUGACGUUCCUCUGUUCGUGACAGGACGACUGGCCGGAUUGAGACUUGGCCCUGGCGCGCCGAAUCUGGUCGGCGCAAGAGUAGGCGCUGAGCGAAUCGCUUGGAAUGUGGACGAUGCUUUGAAGAAACUGGGGAAGCUGAGUAGCAGAGCGCAGGACGAAAGCGACGACAACAGUGGCGACGAGAAGAUGGCGGCUUAUGCUGCAGCGAGGGAUAACCGGUUCGAUAGUUUGUUCGAGUUGGAUGAUGCGGCAGCGUAG